AUGGCGAAGCUCGACGUCCUCGUCUCCGAGAACGACGCGCAUGUGCAACCUCCGCUGGCCCCGUACGCCACCGGCGUCAUGCCGCCGGGCCUGUCGGAGGACGAGGCCCUUCGACUAGCACUACAGGACUCGGCGGCGCCACAACUGCAGCCCUGGGCGCCUCCUCCACCGCCGCCAAAGCCGCAACCCUGGGCGCCUCCUCCACUGCCGCCAAAGCCGCAACCCUGGGCGCCUCCUCCACCGCCGCCACAACCAUAUCCCUGGGAGCCUCCACCGCCGCCACAGCCGCCUCUCUGGGCUCCUCCACCACCGCCACAACCGCAGCUCUGGGCGCCUCCACCUCCAGCACCGCCGGCGCGCCCGGCGUACGCUCUCCCGGAUGGCAAAUGGCCGUGGGCAUACACACAGCCGUUCCUCGCAAAGAGUCUCAAAGGAGUCAUCCACACGAUGCACAGCUUCUUCCUCACGUUGCACCAACUCGAUGGACUACUAGAACACCAUCUGCUCCUCCAAGUCCUCCUCCAUCCUGGCCAGAUCAUCCUCCUCUGCAAUGUGCUCCUCCUGCUAUGGAGCGUGCUCCUCUUCCAAGUCAGACCUCGUGAGGUCGAUGAUGGUUCCCCCCAGCAGCACUGUGCUUUGAGGAAUGCUCCUCCUCCACAUCUGACGGCGCAAGGUCGAUGCAACCCUGAGUGGAGGAUUUGCAAGGAGGCAUGGUGA